AUGAGUUUCGAGUUCACCAAUUACAUGAGAAAAGUCGGCUGCGGAACUCGCUCUUAUCUGGCUGCAAAGUUACAGAGAAAUCAAUUUGAAUGGACCUCAGGUCUCAAGGGUUUAUGUCUUGGUGCAUUCCUUCUUACCUUAGCCCCUUCAACCAAUCAGAGUCCGAGGUUUGAAAAGUCCAAUAGUUUCAAAUUAGUAAGGGACAAUGGGGUAUACAAAGUCCAAAAAUACGAUGGCACAACUAAGCCAAAAGCUAUCAAAGAUGCUGGUCAAGGGAGUUCUCAAUAUCAGAAAGACGUCAAAGGUAUAACUUCUUCCAAUAUUUCGGAAUUACAAACCAGAGCUCUAAUGAAUACUCAUGUAUCCACCCAUUAUUCACUGCCAAACUCUCAAGAUGAAGGUCAUAUAAAGGAGCUAGAGAAGCAUGUUAACACUCAAGAUCCCAAAUGGCAAGAAUGGCAAUGA